AUGGGGUUCAUCAAAAUCUCACUGACCAUCUCUUUUGCGAUCGUUCUACUCACCGUGUCCGGGAUCUUUCCAGUGCUGUACUUCACAGUACGCUCAAUAUUACACCAUGGAUGGAGCGGCGCCACCAUCCCACCCAACAGCUCGAACAACGGCAUCACCACCCCGAUCUCUGUCAACUACCACUUCACCCGCAAGUGCAACAAAGUCUGCGGCUUCUGCUUCCACACCGAGAAGACCAGCCAUGUGGCAAGCGAAGAGGACAUGAAGCGCGGCCUCAAGCUUCUGAAGAUUGCUGGGAUGAAGAAGAUCAACUUUGCGGGCGGCGAGCCCUUUCUGUACCCGAAGCAGCUCGCGAUGCUCUGCCAAUACUGCAAGGUCGACUUGAAGCUUGAUUCGGUCUCCAUCAUCUCGAACGGGUCUAAGCUUACGAAGUCCUGGCUUGAGAAUAACGGCCAGUACGUCGAUGUCCUUGUUGUUAGCUGCGAUUCUUUCGACGAAGCCACCAACAUCGAGAUCGGUCGUGGCGACGGCAACAACGUCGCGCAGCUUUUCCGCAUCCGCGAAUGGUGCCGUGAGCCGGGUAUCAAGUUCAAACUCAACACCGUCGUCUGCAAGUUCAACUGGAAGGAGGACAUGGUGGGAACAGUCGCGCUGCUUGAUCCCUUCCGCUGGAAGUGCUUCCAGGUGCUGGAGGUGCAAGAUGAGAACGAUGCUUCCACGACCGACACCGAGCUUGACAAGCGUAAGUGCAACGCAAAGCGCUUCGUGAUCUCUGACGAGGAGUUUGAGGAGUUCUGCAAGAAGCACGAGCAGCUGUCGUGUUUGGUUCCAGAAAGCAAUCAGCUGAUGGCGUCAAGCUAUCUGAUUCUGGAUGAGUAUCUGUGCUUUCUUGACAAGGGUAGUGGGAAGGAAAAGCAGUCGUAG